GUGUCAGGAAGCAAGACAACCUAUGACUGGAUGCCUUAAAACUGGCCAGGAACAGACCCAUGGGGUGAUGGUUACACUGGCAAUUGUUACAUCCACGCAGAUGUGAAGAGUUGGGAUGGCGCAGAGGUCAAAGGAGAGCAGUGGCCGCAUCUGUCUUCCCACCUGGACGCAAGCACCGGACAGGGGUGGGGGGCUUUGUGACGUAGGCGCCCCAGAACCCAACACCUGCUGAGGCCCUAGGCCAGAUCAAAGCGGGUGGCCCCGCCGUGGGGGGAAGCGGGGCCAUGGCUGAGGCCGCCCAGCCCAGUGGGGAAUCCCAAGGCUCAGAACUUAUGAUCCAGAUCCAGCAGCCUGUGGAGAGAGCCCUGAGGACGCCAGUCAGGCGAGGUGCGCAGUCCGUGCUCAGAGUAUCCCAGCUGCUGCUCAGAGCCAUUGCAGGCCACCAUCACCUGACUCUGUCUGCGCUCAAGAAGGAGCUGGGAAACGCAGGCUACGAAGUGCGCCGGAAGAUCUCCUCUCACCACGUGGGGGAAUCCACCAGGUCGGAGAAAGGCACGCUCCUGAGGGUCAGUGGCAGCGACGCUGGUGGCUUCUUCACGGUCUGGAAGAUUUCAAAGCCGAGGAGAAAGGCAGGACGGUCCCGGGUGAUGCUGAGCAACCACUCUUCUGGGAAGACCGUGAUCAAAUCCCCCAGACCACGCAGGCCCCGCUCGCGUCGCAAGGCGGCCAAGAAGGCCAGAGAAGUCUGGAGACGCAAGGCCAGGGCUUUGAGGGCAAGGUCCAGGAGGACCAGAACAAGGACCAGAUCAAGGGCCACCUCAAGGGCUACUUCAAGGGCCACGUCAAGAGCCAGGUCAAGGACCAGGUCAAGGGCCCGGUCAAGGACCGGGUCAAGCGCCAGGUCAAGCGCCAGGUCAAGUACCAGGUCAAGCGCCAGGUCAAGCGUCAGGUCAAGGGCCAGAUCAAGGGCCAAGUCUAGAGCUAAGGACCUAGUGCGUUCCAAGGCCAGGGAACUGGCUCAGGCCAAGGAACAGGCUCGUGCCAGAGCCAGGGAACAGGCUCAAACCAGAGCCAGAACACACGAUUGUGUCAGGGCCAAGGCACAGGAGUGUGCCAGGGCCAAAGAGCUGCAGUACAUCAGGACCAAGGAGCAGGAGUGCGCCAAGGCCAGGGAACAGAUGUGUAUCGGAGCCAGGGAGGAAGCCAGGAUCAAGGCAAUCAACAACAGAGUACGGCCUACAAAGGAAGACACCAGUCCUUGGUCUGCAAACGAGAAGAUGGCAAGCUCCAAACCCAGGGAAGAGAAGAGACAGGAACCCGAGAGGCCAAUAAAACGGAUCAUCCAGAAGCCAGCUGUGGCCAAAGUGGAUAACGCUCCCAGCAAACCAGGAAAACCAUGCACAAAGUCUUCUGCCAAAAGUGGUCAUCCUAGGGGUUCAGGGAUUCCUUAAUGCCAGAGUUGUUCCUCUGGGCACUGUUGCCUUUCCAGAUGUGCUCCAAGGAGAUCAGCUCUCAUUGAAGCAAUUUACGAGACC